UUUGACAUUUACCUGAAGAUGGUCGCUUUUAGAGGACUUUAUCAUAGGUUCUCCUGCCUGGCAAAAGUUGCUGCUCAAAAGCAAUUCAGGAGAUAUGACAAAUGGUGCACAACUGGCAUCAUGGCGGGCAAUAAGAGCCAGGCAGUGUCAGACGGAGAGUUGAACAUGUCUGCACGGGGCUGUGGAGGCAGCAGCUCCAGCCUUCCAGGGACUCCCGGUGGAGAGGCCAGCCCAGCCACUGGUGUGCUGAGCUGGGCCGUCUCAUUUGAGAAGCUGUUGGAGGACCCCUGUGGAGUCGGCCACUUUACGGCCUUCUUGAAGUCAGAGGUGAGUGCGGAGAACAUUUUAUUCUGGCAGGCUUGUGAAAAGUUCAGGAAGAUCCCAGCCACCUCCUUGGUUGAGCUGAAAGCAGCAGCCCGCUCCAUCUACAACACCUACCUGUCUGACAGCGCUCCCUACUCAGUCAACAUCGACGACACGGCCAAAACCGAGGAGAAGGACCUGGAGCAGCCCACACCUGAUAUGUUUAACAAAGCUCAAACGCAGAUAUUUAAACUGAUGAAGAUGGACAGCUACAGGCGCUUUGUGCGCUCUCCUCUCUACCAUAAAUGUACCUUGGCAAGUGCAGAAGGCAAACUUUCGCCUCAGCUGUCUACAGAGCAUGUCCGCAUGGGAUCCUGGGAGGAUGUGGCCACCAGAAGCCAAUCAUUAAAUGAAAAGAAGAAUAAGAAGUCAGACUUUAACAGCUUGCCUGGUGACAAGAGUGCCUCAGAGAAACAGCGACAGAAAAGAGGAUCCUGGGGAGAUCCAUCCAACAUCUUUGGUUCAGUCCCCCAUAUGUCAGUCAAGUCAAGCAGCAGUGUGGAGCUCGGCUCCCUCUACAGGCAGAUAGAGAAUGGCAGAUCGAUGCCCGGGCCUCCAGAGCAGGUAGGUGGGAGUCGGAUAGGGGUGGAGGGAGGCUACUGCUGUGUCUACCUCCCUGAUGGCAGUGCCUCCCUGGCCCCGACACGUAAUGGCCAGCCCAUCAAAGACAUGCUGGCCAGCCUGUGUGAGAAGAGAGGCUUUCCACUGAAAGAUGUCAUCAUCUACCUUCAAGGCAAGGACAAGCAACCCUUAUCGCUGGACCAGGACUGCUCCGUACUGAGAGAUCAGCAGGUCUCUCUAGAGCUCAGGGUGACGUUUGCGCUGGAGAUUGCCUUCACUGGUAAGACAGUGGGGAUCAUGGUGAAGUCCAGUAAGACGUUGCAGGAAGCCCUCUCUGCGGUACUUCAGAAACACAAUCUCAAGCUGCAAGAGGCCCAGGUCACCAUGGUUGGAUGCGACGAACCCGUGAACAUGACCAUCAAUGUGUUCCGACUUGCCAAUAAGACUUUACGGCUUGACAAAACCAAAGGAAGAGACCAAAGCACCGUUUCUAAAGGCAGUGGUUCUGCUGCAGUCACACAGGCAGGAGCAGUGAGUGCAGGCGGUGUGGAGGCCCCAGUCAUGCGAACCAAGACUCAGCCCAAGCCCAGUAAGAACCGCGACAUGGAUGGAUUACUUGACAUGCUGACGAGGGCUCAGUGCAGCAGGGUUGAUGACCAGCGAGGCCUUUUGACCAAAGAUCAGCUCGAAGUCCCUCUGUUCCUGCAGCUGCCCUCAGACCAGGGGCAGGACACUGUACUAAAUGAGCCCAGUAGAACCAGCUCCACCACUGCAGACUCCAAAGAGGUAGACGUCAAAGAAGACAAGACAUGUUCAGCUGGAGCAGCGAAGGACAUGCCUGACACUGCUAAAUCUGUACCCAAAGACAGGGAAACGACAGUCUGAAAGACUUCUGGGGAGGGAGGGGGGCACAUUCAAAAGCUACAAACGUCUAGCAGCAUCAUGUUGCUGUUCGUGUCAAGACAGUCAAAAUGGUCAAGCACUUUUUAUAAUUGUUUACAAAUAAGCUCUGAGACAGCAGUGUGCUACCAUCUCUGCUACUGAUAAUUGGCCCUUUUGAGGCAUAUGUUAAGAAGAAAGAUCAUGGCAAGCAUUGAUAGUGUCAUUUUAAAACACUACACAUCUUAAUAGGGGGGAAAUGUUCGCUAUGAAUUGUUUAUAUAUCCAAAACUGUUCUGAAAAGAAGUUUUUGCCUCCACAUUUCAUCCUGAUGCCUGUGUGUCUUUGCUUUAUUGUUCCUCGAUGUUUUUUUUUUUUUCCUGUACAGUCUGCAGUUCACAUUGCUUUUAAUUCUCACAAUCUCACAUUGAAUCCAUGCUCUUCUUUGAACUCUAAGCAAAAUCAUGUCUAUGCACAGGACUGUCCAGACGGGGGUUUUGAAGUGUAUUGCACAGUUGUUUUCUCCUUUUGAAUUAAGUUUAUUGAAUAUUUUUACUGAUGAGUUUUUAAUGUUUUAAAUGACAAAUUUGUUUUGUGUGCUUGCUUGCCAUAUUUGUUUGCGGUACUUAAAAAUGCAUUUUGUUUGCUGUGAUAGCAUAGCACUUUGAGAAGCCCUGGUCAAGUCCUGUUUUUCUGUCACCUCAGACUAGGGUCCAGAGAAUUAGUAAUGUGAUAUUACAGGAAAUGGAUCAGAUGUAUUAUCAAAAAUAUCCCUUCGGGUGUAUCCAAACAAUUAAAGUGUUAUGAUGAAAUGGGA